AGUUAAAUUCAUGAACAAAGGGGACGGCGCUGGCAUCCGACUACUGAAGAACGGAUGAAACGGCGAGGAAGUGGGCGUGGCAUAAAGAAGGCACGUGGUGUCUCGAUGUGUCAAAGUGACAAUCUGUACUUCGUUGUUUUCUAUGACCGCUUCGUCCUCGUCAACUCUUGUUCAUCGUUAAAUCAGCUGAAGAAGGACUGCUGAUAUUGUGCCCGUUUGUGGGUAGUGGGUUGCAAGCUGUACGCUGCGUGUCAUUCACGGGCCAUGACGCUGGAAGCGAUCCGAUAUCGGCCCGGGUCCCUGCAAAUUCUUAACCAGCGGCUGCUGCCGCACCAGAGUGUUCUUGAGGAGAUCCGCUCUGUCCAGGACGCGUAUGAAGCGAUUCGGUCCAUGAAGGUGAGUGGGGCUCCAGCCAUCUCCAUCGUGGGGUGUCUGAGUCUGGCCGUGGAGCUCCGGGCCGGGAUCGGAGGCGACGGCCUGCUGUGCUUCUUACGGAAGUCCCUGGCCCACCUGGCCUCCGCCCGGCCCACGGCCGUGAAUCUGGCCCGGGCGGCCAGAGACCUGCUGGAGUUCACAGAGAGAGAGAGCACACAGAGGACAGCAGAAGAGCUGAGGGAGAGCGUGAUUGGCUGGAUCGAGGCCAUGCUGGAGCGGGAUGUCGAGGACAACCAGAAGAUGGGGAACUACGGGGCGCAGCACAUCCUGUCUGGGGUUCCCCGAGACUCGGUCACCGUCCUCACGCACGGCAACACAGGGUCCCUGGCAACAGCGGGAUAUGGCACCGCGCUGGGCGUGGUGCGGUCGCUGCAGGCCCUGGGGCGGCUGAAGCGGGUCUACUGCACCGAAACGCGGCCGGGGGGAGAGGGCGCCCGUCUGACCGCGCACGAGGCCGCCAGCGAGGGCCUUCCCGCCACCCUCAUCACCGACAGCGCCGCCGCCGUCGCCAUGAGACAGAGGGCCAUCACAGCGGUCGUUGUCGGGGCCGACAGGGUCGUCGCCAACGGAGACACCGCCCACCAGGUUGGCACCUACCAGCUGGCCGUGUCGGCGAGGCACCACAGGAUCCCGUUCUACGUGGUGGCCCCCAGCACGUCAUGUGACCUCAGCCUGCGGAGCGGGAGGCACAUCGUGAUCGAGGAGCGCCCCCCGCUGGAGCUGACCAGUAUCGGCGGCCUGCCCUGCGCUGCUCCAGGUGUCGAGGUGUGGAACCCAGCCUUCGAUGUCACCCCGCACCAGCUGAUCACAGGGGGCAUCAUUACAGAGCUGGGCGUCUUCCUCCCCUCUGAGCUGCAGGCUGCGCUGACCGGGCGCCUCACUGCCCUCUAGGGCCCCCUGCCUGCCACAGACUAUAGCUGCAUGGACCAUAUAUGCCCACCACUCCAGUAAACCUCCCAGACAUAACCUCCUCCAAUCAACACACACACACACACACACACACACAGACACUGUAUCUCUCACCUUCCCUCUUCUCCCUUUCCAUCAGAAAUCCCGUCAAAAAAAUAAAGAAAAUAAAAAGAAAUCCCGUCAUCCAGUUCCCUUUCUGGUGCAGGAGAAUUUUAAACCCCCAUCUAGAUUUAAUGUUUUCUGGGUGAAGUGUUCUAUUUACAAGCAACAAAGCUGUGAAUGGCUCAGAAAAGUAGUUACUAAAUCUUCUUCUUAUGUCUAGAACAUGCAAGCACAGCCUGCCAGCUGACAUAAUAACACAGAGGAAAUAUGUUAAAAGAUGCGGGCUAAAAUAAGUAGCUCCAUACAAGCAACCAUCAAAUUUGCCAUUUUAUACUGAUUUUAUAUCAAUGUUUUUUUUUCUCGUACUGAUGUGAAAAGCUUGUUAGAAUAGUUUUAUGGAGAUUAAAUAACACUUCCUUCUAAAGUCUCAAUUUCCAGUGUGCAGGUAAAUGUAUUACAACCCUGGGGAGAGGUGACCAUAAUCAUUAUCAUAUUAAUAACUUAGAUUAAUAACUUCGAUUACACCGUACACACAGUAAAAUGUCUAUGUUAAAUAAACAUUUUUACUCUGUUGA